AAAUUGCAAAAAUGACUUUAGUGUCUUUACCAUGUCUUUACUAAAUAAAAUAUUAAUAAAUGUAUGAACCUGAGAAGUGCAAUUGGUGACCAAAUCCCUUAUUUAUCUAUUCAUCUUUCAGUUCUCAGUCAUUGAACAUGUCACUUUGGUCAUGGGGUGCCAACUCCCACGGUCAAUUAAGCAUCGGUGAGACUAAUGAACAAGUUAAAACUCCUACCAAAGUAGUAUAUGAAUGUUGUAACAGUCAUGGAGUGCAACAAGUUGCUUGUGGAGGUGGUCAUAGUCUUCUGCUAGACAAAGACGGUAAACUGUUUUCUUGUGGCUGGAAUAUAAAACUGCAACUUGGAAAGGAAAAUGAAACUGAAAUGUUUGAGAGGGUAUGGAAAUUAAGUGGCAUUAAAUUCACUAACAUUGUAUGCGGCUGGGACUUCAGUUGUGCUGUAACUGAUGACAAUUUCCUGUUUGUAUGGGGCUCAAACAGUAAUGGGCAACUAGGGUUACCAAAAGAACACUUUACAGAUAUAGUGAAACCCAUUAGGUUACAAGUUAAUGCAUGUUCCGUGUCCAUGGGAUUGAGGCACACAGCUAUUGUAAACUCCAAGGGUGAAGUAUGGAUCACAGGAUGCGGGAAACAUGGACAACUUGGUUUAGGUGAAGAAACUUUACAGUCUGAUAGAUUUCAAAAUGUUCAAAAAGUUGGAAAAAUUACUCACAUUGCGUGUGGACAAAACCAUACAGCUGCAUGGUGUACAGAAGAAAAAGCUUUAUAUGUUUGGGGGGACAACAAGCAUGGACAACUGCUGCUCAGUCCUGAGAAGUAUAAAAAAAUAUACACUCCACAAAAAAUUGAUAUUGACGUGAAACAAGGGAUUAGGAAACUUCUAAGUGGCUGGACUAACAUGUUACUGUGGCUUGAGAAUGGAACAUUACUUUGCUGGGGACGGAAUAGUUAUGGACAACUAGGGACUGAGCAACCUUUUGUGGGAAAAAUUGUUAAGGUCAACUUACCAGAUAACAGAAUGGUCCAAGAUAUAGCGCUAGGAUCAGAACAUACUAUCUGUUUGGCUACUGACAACACCCUGUGGGCAUGGGGUUGGAAUGAACAUGCCAACACAGGCACUGACUCGGGGGAACAUGUGUUUCAGCCGACACAAGUCCUUUUAAAUAUGAAACCUAAUGAAAAAAUUACACAGAUUUAUGCUGGAGGAGCUCACAAUUUCAUAUACAUUGAAGAUACUAAACAAGAAGUGGAUCUAGUAACUGAAAAAUCAGUAGAUUGUGAUUAAAGUUCUAUAAGAACUUACAGAAACUGUCUAGUCAUAGGUACUUUACAAGUAUUUCUUGUUUUGAUUUUAUUGGUGCUAAACCAGUUUUAAUUGAUUAUAAGUGUUAUAAUAAUUAUGACACUGGAUUAAAACCACAUACACAUACAAUUAUAGGUAUCAUAAAUAAAAUAGCAUAAUUUGUAAGAUGAAAAUGAAAUGCUAGUUGUAAAAUGUUAUCCUGUUUGCCUUGAAAUAAAUGUUUAUAUUAUUUUUACUGUAUGACAAUAAAUAAAACAUUGUUUACAAAA